AUGAGCACGAAGUACCAGAACUGGUACUCCCAACAGUCCACAGCCAAGAAGGCCUUGUUGGUUGCCGGCGGCAUCUUGUGCAUCAUCAUCAGCAUACUCGUGGUGAUCUACCAUCUGUUAUUCUUGGAAUUGUUGGUCACCAUGUCUGACGCGUGGGUGGACCUCAAAUUCGGCAAGCUCAUAUUAUGGCUUUUGGUCUUCUUCGUGGGGUUCCCUCCGCUCUUGGGAUUCACCCCACUUGCCAUGCUUUGCGGUAUGACUUAUGGCUUUCCAUGGGGCUGGCCCAUCUUGGCCUCGGCCUCCGUAUUGGGCUCCCUUGCCUCAUUCUUGGUCUUUCGCCACCUUCUCCAUAAUCAGGCCGAAAGAAUGGUUCAUCUGAGUGAGCAAUUCAGAGCAUUCUCGGAGAUUCUCAAGGAAGAUGCUUCAUUGUUCGUGCUCGUCCUCCUCAGAUUGUGUCCCUUGCCAUAUUCGCUUUCAAAUGGUGCUCUUGCUGCUAUCCCAGAGCUUCCUACACUCACUUAUUUCCUUGCAUCGCUCAUAACUUCUCCAAAGUUGCUUAUUCACGUUUUCGUGGGCCACACGAUGAAGACUCUUGGAGAUGCCAAUCGCCCCACAUCGGCCAAGAUCAUCGAUGUGGUGAGUGUGAUCAUAACCGGAUCAGCGUUGCUUUUGGCUAGUUAUAUCAUCUACGUCAAGAUGCAGAAGAAGGUCAGGUCAUAUCACCAGAACCCGCAAAGCGACGAAAUGAUUUUUGGCAAUUUCGAUGACGAUCUCGAGUCUGGGCAGAAUCUCGAAUUGGCGUCAAACGACUACGAUGACGACAAUUUCAUAAUUACAGAGGAUGACGAUUUUGCCGAGGAGAGCGAGUCUCCCUCGCAGAACAUUGCCAGCAGGGAUAGCUUAGCAAAACUAGACCAUGAUCUUGAUUCGCAAGACUUGGAAGCAACACCAAAAAGAUAUAGAGAUUACUAG